CAAUUUCGAGUUUCCGAUAUUUCAGAGAUAAGAUUCCCCACACUGUUCGCAAUUUCAAGUUCUUACACACGUCCAAAACCAAAAAAAACUCCAUUUUCAUCGUCCACUACAGAUUUUUGCUGCCAAAUGAUGCUGAAUUUCGCAUCAAAUUGAAGUUCAAAUUCGUCGCCAUUGAAGCUAAGCAUGGGAAUUCCAACAGAUUUGCGUUGCAAUUUAUCAUCACUCUCGCAGUGCACUUAUUGCUCUGUUCUUCGUUUUCAGCCUUUGAUUGUUGCUUCUUCUUCUAUGGAUUUUCCUCGUAAAUUUCGCAGUCGUCAAUUGCGUUUUGUUGCUGUUUCUAGGUUAGGGAUUCAAAGAAAAAUUGAUUUCGUUUGUAGAGUUGGUGAAGAUGAUAUUGAACCUGAUACCAAUGAUACUAAGGGAAAGGAUAACCAUGAAGGAAAUGAAAGUGUGGGGUCGGCUGAUUCCAGCACAGAGAAUGAUUCACAGUUUGAGAAGAAGGAGCAGGUAUCCACCACUGAGGCUCUAAAUUCACUCAACAACUUUAUACAAAACAAUCAAAACAGUGAGAUCAAAGUCAAUGGUGAAGGUGGUACGCAACAGGAUGAUCCUGAUAAUUUACAAGUUGCCAGUGGUUCACCUCUUCCAGGUGUGAAGCCGCAACAGCUGGAUGAAACAAUUAGGAUUCCAAAGGAGAUAGUUGAUAUACUUAGAGAUCAAGUGUUUGGAUUUGACACUUUUUUCGUGACGGGGCAAGAACCAUAUGAGGGUGGAGUAUUAUUUAAAGGAAAUUUACGAGGGGUAGCAUCGAAAAGCUAUGAAAAGCUAUCAAAGAGGUUGCAGGAUACAUUGGGAGAUCAAUAUAAGCUGUUUAUGCUUAUCAAUCCUGAAGAUGAUAAACCUGUGGCAGUGGUGGUGCCAAGAAUAACAUUGCAACCAGAGACAACAUCUGUUCCAGAAUGGUUUGCAGCAGGGGCUUUUGGAUUGGUGACUCUCUUUACCUUACUACUUCGAAAUGUUCCUGAACUGCAGUCAAACUUGUUAUCUAGUUUUGAUAAGCUUGAAUUGCUGAAGAAUGGCCUUCCUGGAGCACUUGUGACCGCGCUUAUUUUGGGGGUACAUGAGCUUGGACAUUAUUUUGUUGCUAAUGAUUGUGGAGUGAAACUUGGUGUGCCAUAUUUCAUCCCCAGUUGGCAGAUAGGCUCUUUUGGUGCCAUCACAAGGAUCGUCAAUCUUGUACCUAAACGUGAGGAUCUUCUGAAGGUUGCUGCGGCUGGACCCCUGGCUGGAUAUAGUUUGGGUCUCAUACUGUUCCUUUUGGGAUUCAUUCUACCGCCAAGUGAUGGCCUUGGCAUUGUUGUUGAUGGUGCUGUUUUUCAUGAAUCAUUGCUAGUCGGGGGAACUGCAAAACUACUUCUAGGGGAUGUCCUUAAGGAAGGUCAAGCAAUAUCACUCAAUCCACUUGUCCUAUGGGCAUGGGCUGGGCUGCUAAUUAAUGCCAUUAACAGCAUUCCGGCUGGAGAGCUUGACGGUGGGCGUAUUUCUUUUGCCAUAUGGGGAAGAAAGGCAUCCGUCCGGCUUACUGGAGCCUCAAUUGUACUUCUCGGACUGUCUUCAUUGUUCAACGAUGUGGCAUUCUACUGGGUAGUUCUGAUAUAUAUCUUACAGAGGGGUCCGAUUGCUCCCCUUUCUGAGGAAAUCAGCGAACCUGACCAGAAGAAUGUUGCUCUUGGAAUUGCAGUUUUAGUCCUUGGACUUCUUGUAUGCUUGCCUUAUCCCUUCCCAUUCGCCAAUGAAGCCUUGACGACUUUAUGAAACACAGGCAGACUUUUAUAAGUUGUUCAUCGUUGAUUAGUUUGUAAGUAUAGUAUCACAGAAUAUUUGUUAUAGUGCCUUCAAACAAUCCCCUCGGGCCUUGUACUUGGGAAUGUCAUCUCACAGCAAUAAAGAUUUAAAAUUCAAUAUA